CUCAACAAACAUGGCGGACGCUUUUGGAGACGGUUUGUUCAGCGUGUUUGACGAAGAGCAACAAAGUGCUGCGAUCAAGAAGGCGCCCGCAGGAGUCGACACAGAAACGAGGAAAGUCGCUGGUAAAAAUGACAAGAAUGCAGAGUCACCUGUCCAAGUCAAGAGGGAGGCAGGUGGCGAUGAAGAAGAGGUGGUUUUUCCAAAGAAACGUCGACAUGAGACCCCCGCUACUGAUCUAAAUCUUUCAGAAUUUAUACCCCAAGUGAGAGUGGAGCAGGUGGACACUGUGGAGGGAUGCUCCCAUGAGGUCGCUCUGCCUGCUGGUGAGGAGUUUAAACCGCUGAAGCCAAGAGUUGGGAAAGCAGCUAAGGACUACCCUUUUGUACUUGAUCCUUUCCAGCGUGAGGCCAUCUUAUGCAUUGAAAACAACCAAUCUGUUCUUGUGUCUGCACACACCUCUGCUGGCAAGACUGUUUGUGCUGAGUAUGCUAUAGCACUGGCUCUCAGAGAGAAGCAGAGAGUCAUCUUCACCAGCCCCAUCAAGGCCCUCUCCAACCAGAAGUACAGAGAGAUGUAUGAAGAGUUCCAGGAUGUGGGACUGAUGACUGGGGACGUCACCAUCAACCCCACUGCCUCUUGCCUCGUCAUGACAACAGAGAUCCUGAGAAGUAUGCUGUACCGAGGCUCAGAAAUCAUGAGGGAAGUGGCGUGGGUCGUCUUUGAUGAGAUCCAUUACAUGAGAGAUUCAGAGCGAGGUGUGGUUUGGGAGGAGACCAUCAUUCUCCUUCCCGACAACGUUCAUUACGUAUUCCUUUCUGCCACCAUCCCCAACGCCAAACAGUUUGCCGAGUGGAUCUGUCAUCUACAUAAGCAGCCAUGCCAUGUGGUCUACACAGAGUACCGUCCCACUCCGCUGCAACACUACAUUUUUCCAGCAGGGGGCGAUGGACUCCACUUGGUGGUUGAUGAGAAUGGUGACUUCAGGGAAGACAAUUUCAACACAGCCAUGCAAGUGCUGCGAGAUGUUAAGGAUAGUGGCGGCAGCAGCCAGGGCGGCAGGUGGGACCCGAGGGGACGAAAAGGAGGCACUAGAGGUCCAUCCAGUGUUUUCAAGAUAGUGAAGAUGAUAAUGGAGAGGAACUUCCAGCCUGUUAUCAUUUUCAGCUUUAGCAAAAAGGAGUGUGAGGCCUACGCACUGCAGGUGGCCAAACUGGACUUCCACGGUGAGGAAGAGAAACGUCUGGUGGAAGAGGUUUUCAACAAUGCAGUGGACUGUCUUUCAGAUGAGGACAAGAAGCUGCCUCAGGUUGAGCAUGUGCUGCCACUGUUGAAGAGGGGAAUUGGAAUCCAUCAUGGAGGCCUCCUGCCCAUCCUGAAAGAGACUAUGGAGAUCCUUUUCUCUGAAGGCCUGAUCAAGGCCUUGUUUGCCACCGAGACAUUUGCCAUGGGGAUCAACAUGCCAGCUCGCACCGUGCUCUUCACCAGUGCACGCAAGUUUGAUGGGAAGAGUCACCGCUUUAUCACAUCAGGUGAGUACAUUCAGAUGUCUGGGCGUGCUGGAAGAAGAGGAAUGGAUGAGCGGGGAAUUGUUAUUUUCAUGGUGGAUGAGAAGAUGAAUCCAGCUGUGGGCAAAGAGCUACUGAAGGGCACAGCAGACCCUUUGAACAGUGCUUUCCAUCUGACCUACAACAUGGUGCUCAAUCUGCUGCGUGUGGAGGAGAUCAAUCCAGAAUACAUGCUGGAGAAAUCCUUCUACCAGUUCCAGCACUACAGGGCGUUACCCGGUGUAGUAGAGAAAAUUAAGAAAUAUGAGGAGCAGUACCAGACCAUUGAAAUUCCUAAUGAGGAGAGCGCGAUCACUUACUUUAAGAUCAGGCAGCAGUUGGCCAAACUGGGUAAAGAGAUACAAGAGUUCAUCCACAAACCCAAAUACUGCCUGCCCUUCCUGCAGCCGGGGCGACUUGUCCAGGUGAAAAAUGAAGAUACUGACUUUGGCUGGGGAGUUGUUAUAAACUUUUUCAAGAAAACUAAUGUGAAGGCCACCACAGAGUCAGAGCCACUGUAUGUGGUGGAUGUUUUGCUCUGUUGUAGUAAAGACAGCCUAAAACACUCUGCAACUGAAGCUGCAAAACCUGCUGGACCAGGGGAGACCGGAGAAAUGCAGGUGGUUCCAGUGAUGCUCCAUCUUCUCACCUCCAUGAGCUCAGUUCGUCUUUACAUCCCUAAAGACCUGAGAACGUUUGAUAACAGACAGCUCAUGCUCAAGUCUAUACAGGAGGUGCAGAAGCGUUUUCCAGAUGGCGUUCCUUUACUUGACCCAAUAGAUGACAUGGGCAUCAAAGACCCUGCUCUGAAGAAGGUCAUUCAGAAGGUGGAGGCCUUUGAGCAUCGCAUGUACACCCACACCCUGCACAGUGACCCCAACCUGGAAUCCGUCUAUUCUCUUUGCGAGAAGAAAGCAACUAUUGCUGCAGAAGUUCGAACAGCUAAACAGGAGCUGAAGAAAGCUCGGACUGUCCUGCAGAUGGAUGAGCUGAAAUGCAGGAAGAGAGUUCUGCGAAGACUUGGCUUCGCCAGUCCCUCUGACGUUAUUGAGAUGAAAGGGCGGGUCGCCUGUGAAAUCAGCAGUGGUGAUGAGCUCCUGUUAACGGAGAUGAUGUUUAACGGCCUCUUUAACGACCUGUCAGCGGAGCAAGCCACCUCCCUGCUGUCCUGCUUCGUCUUCCAGGAGAACGCCAGUGAGAUGCCAAAGCUAACUGAGCAACUGGCUGCGCCGCUCAGACAAAUGCAGGAGUGUGCGAAGCGUAUUGCUAAAGUAUCUACAGACGCCAAGCUGGAGUUGGACGAGGAGAUGUACCUAAACCAGUUCAAACCUCACCUGAUGGAUGUGGUUUUCGCCUGGGCCAACGGGGCCACCUUUGCACAGAUCUGCAAGAUGACGGAUGUCUUUGAAGGAAGCAUCAUCCGCUGCUUUCGGCGUCUGGAGGAAUUGCUGCGACAAAUGUGUUCUGCAGCCAAAGCCAUCGGCAACACUGAACUGGAGAACAAGUUUGCAGAAGGAAUCACGAAGAUAAAGAGAGACAUUGUCUUUGCUGCCAGUCUAUAUUUAUAGACCGUCAUGAGCUGCAACCACCCCCCAUGUUUGAGUGACUUUCAAUGGGAACACUUUGUUCUUUUUCUUUUUUUUUAUUGAAUAUAUUUAGCCUUCUCGUGUAUUGUCUUAGUCAUAUGUUGAACAUUUCAAUGGGGACACUUUAAAAAAAAAAAUUGAAUAUAUUAACCCUUCUCACUGCAUCGUUUUAGUCAUAUGUUCAACAAUCAUGCUUUUAAUUUAGAUUUUAUUUCCGUGGGCAAUCGAUGCAUAAUAGUACAGUAAAUACUUGCUCCAUACGUGUUCAUGGUCAUAAGUAAAAUGGCUUUAUUUUUCCUCAACAACAUUUGUACAUAUUUACUGUUAUUUUUCAAUACAAGUCUGUAUGAUCACUUGUUAAAAUACAGAUUAUACAAAAGCA